UAGAAGACUGCGGAGGGAAGGGAUGCGUCACUGGAUUAGUGCCUUGUGAGUCUCAGCCUCUUCUUCUUCCUUCUUUCUGAGCUGCUUGGAGAAGGGCACGACACUCGCAGAGCUCGCCACCCUCAAAGAAGCCUUCCACAUGAGCCAGCCGGGCCUCGCCUCCUCUCCGGGAUGAAGCAAGAGAAACAAAUGUCUCCGUUCACCUUCGUCCUUCUGCUCCACUUCAGCACGGUUUCACAUUUGGAUUCUCACAAAGGGUUAUCGGACUAUGCCCCGUAUUUUUACGACAACGGACCCAGCAGUACGAACGGGAACAUGGCUUUGUUCAGCAUCUCCGAAGAUACACCAGUCGGAACGCAGAUUUACAUCCUCAAUGGCACAGAUCCAGAAGAAGAUCCCAUACAAUACGGUCUGACGUUUGAAAAGGGCUCCAAAGAGUAUUUUAAGGUUGAGCCCAAUUUGGGAAAUGUGACCCUGGUUCUGGAGCUGGACAGAGAGGAACAACACGAGAUUUCGGUGCUCGUCAGCAUUACAGACGGCCGGAACAAAGUGGUUGAAACAGCUAGAGUGUUUGUCACUGACACCAACGAUGAAACUCCUGAAUUCCAGAACCUGCCUUUUAUUGUUAAUAUCCCAGAGGAUGCCUUGGCAGGGAGCAGCGUCUACAGAGUCCGGGCGCUGGAUAAAGACAUGGGUUCAGGAGGCAGCAUCUCCUAUUACCUCCAGCCGUCGCCAAACGCCAAGUUCACCAUCGACGGCAACAGUGGCAUCCUGAGGGUGAAACCUGGAACCACGCUAGACUAUGAGACCACGCCUACGCAUUUUGUGACAGUGGUCGCCAAGGACGGCGGAGGGAAAUAUAAAGGCAAACAUCAGGUUUUGACCUCCACGGCCACCAUAACAGUCAACAUCCUUGAUGCCCAAGACAUGCCGCCAUUCUUCAUAGGAACGCCUUACUUCGGCUACAUAUACGAAGUCUCCGUUCCUGGCUCUGAAAUAUUUACUGUAUAUGCCAGAGAUGGGGACCAAGGCAUUCCUAACCCCAUUUAUUACUCAAUCAUCGAUGGAAGUGACGGUGUUUUCGACAUCAACAGCACAAGUGGUUGCAUCACCUUGACAACGCAUCCCUCCCUACUGAAAAAUGAACUCUACGAAGUCGAAGUCAAGGCAUCAGAGGUGGGAGCCAACGAUCACUUGUUGGACUAUGACAUCGCCAUGGUGACGAUCCGAGUGGUGGACCUUAACAACCACCCGCCUACUUUUUAUGGCGAGAACGGACCACAGAGCAAGUUUGAGGUCACCAUGUACGAGCACCCUCCUGCAGGGGAGAUCCUACGCGGAUUCAAGAUCACGGUCAAUGAUUCAGAUCAGGGGGCAAAUGCCAAAUUCAAAUUAAGACUGGUGGGACCGAGCAGAGUUCUACGAGUGGUUCCCCAGACGGUCCUGAACGAAGCCCAGGUAACCAUCAUCGUGGAGGACACAUCUGGCAUCGACUACGAAAAAGGACCGACCCUCUCGUUCAAGCUUUUGGCGGUAGAAAUUGACACUCCCGAGCGCUUCAGUGCGACAGCAGAUAUCGUGAUCAACCUGCUGGACACGAACGACAACACCCCCAAAUUCACUUCGGAGUAUUACAUUACCAGGGUCGCGGAAAACUCUCCAGGAGGCUCUAGUGUCGCAUCUGUUACGGCAAACGAUCCAGACUCGGGACCUUGGGGUGAAGUCAAAUACUCCAUUUAUGGAUCAGGGUCAGAUUUGUUUUCCAUCCACCCGUCGACAGGCCUCAUCUCCACACAGCCGUGGACCACCCUGGACGCGGAGGUGCGCUCCAAAUUCAACUUCUACGUGAAGGCAGAGGACUCGAAGGGAAAGUACAGCCUGGCCGAAGUCUUCGUCACCGUGCUGGACAUGAACGACCACUCGCCCGUAUUCGACGACAAACUGUUGGAGAAGACCAUGGUCAUCGGCACGCCAGUUAAAGUGGAGGCGAUGGAUGACGAUGCAGAGUCUCCCAACAACGUCGUGGAGUAUUCCAUCAUGACGGCGGACCCCGACAACGCGUUCGACAUAAACGCAGAGACGGGCGAGAUCCAGCUGAAGCCGUACAUCAAGUCCAUGGAGAUCGUGCACAACAUCACCAUGCAAAAGGACUGCAAGUGGUCCUUGGUGGUUCAGGCCCGAGACCGAGGCUGUCCGUCCUUCAGCACCACAGCCGUGGUCAACAUUGACAUUACCGAGGCAAUCAAGGGACGCGUCGUAUCAUACUUCAUGGGCCUCAGCAAGCGUCCGCUGACUGUUUUCGGCAUUUGUUUCAGCAUUGUCAUCUCUCUCAUAUUGCUAACCAUCUGCAUAUCCACAAUCCUGUACUGUAGUGCUGUGAAAAAGUCUAGAAUCAAUCCAGAGAGUAACUAUAUCAAAGUGAUCCGUAGACCCAAGUGAGGAAAGUGAUGCCUGCACUUCACUUUGUGUCUGUCCCAUCUUUUCUAUAUACAGUGGUACCUGGGCUUACGAGUGCUCCACCUUUUUCGGGAUACAAGCGGUAACACGGUAAAGGGGUUCAGGUUACAAGUUGCCACACCACUAGUUAACGUAGUGAAAGGUACAGUGAAGCCCCGUAAGCUCCUGCCAAAACUUCUGGUGUCUUACUCACUAUCAUUAUCUUAUAGCAAGAAAUCAACAUAACUUUCUUUUUCCAACCUGGGAAUAAAGAAAGUGAAUGUGAAAGACAAUGCUGAUCAGAAGAAUCGGAUGAUAUUCAUUGAAUUAAAUAAUGAAUCAUAAAAAAAUCUGUUGUGGUGAAGAAGGAGCUGAGCCGGAAGGCAAAGUUCUCAAUUUACCGGUCGAUCUACGUUCCCAUCCUCACCUAUGGUCAUGACCGAAAGGAUAAGAUCACGGGUACAAGCGGCCGAAAUGAGUUUCCUCCGCUGGGUGGCAGGGCUCUCCCUUAGAGAUAGGGUGAGAAGCUCUGCCAUCCGGGAGGAACUCAAAGUAAAACCUCUGCUCCUCCACAUCGAGAGGAGCUAGAUGAGGUGGUUCGGGCAUCUGGUCAGGAUGCCACCCGAACGCCUCCCGAGGGAGGUGUUUAGGGCACGUCCAACCGGUAGGAGGCCACGGGGAAGACCCAGGACACGUUGGGAAGACUAUGUCUCCCGGCUGGCCUGGGAACGCCUCGGGAUCCCCCGGGAAAAGCUAGACGAAGUGGCUGGGGAGAGGGAAGUCCGGGCUUCCCUGCUUAGGCUGCUGCCCCCGCGAUCCGCCCUUGGAUAAGCAGAAGAAGAUGGAUGGAUGGAUCAUAAAAAAACAUGCCCCAGUAUGCAGUCUGCGCAUAGUGAAGAAGAAUGAGUCGACGACACCAGCCAAGGAUGUUAAAAAUAAUAUCCAAACGGUGGACAUUUAUCCAUGAAAAUAUGGAGAAGCUGCUGAUGGUGUGUUUGACGCAGACGCAGCUUGAAGGAGAUAUCGUAGAAGUCCGCUUUCUAGGGGAGACUGCUGUAGAUUAUUACAUUACUUCAUAAAACUACAAUAUUUCUUGCCUGAAAGUUUGCUUUAGUUUUUUAAAAGGCAUGCUAAAAAUUUGGUGUUUUGAGGGGGAAGCACAGAUUAAAAUGAUUUGAUUAUUUUUAUUGGCAACGUUGUUUUGCAAUACAAAAUUUUUGAAGAUACGAGCUGCGUUACAGAGCAAAUUAAACUCCUAUCCCGAGGUAUCACUGUAUAUACAAUAUAUAUAUGUAUAUGUAUAUAUACAUAUAUAUAUAUGUGUGUGUGUGUGUCUGUGUGUGUUUAUGUAAAUAUAUAUAUAUAUAUAUAUAUAAGUUUAUUUAUUUGAGGCCAUGUUGAAACAGUACUAAAGCAUGUUUGAAGAACUUUAUAAAUUAACUAAAUUAUUUUUGGACAUUGUAAAACUUCAAAAUUGAUUCAACUCUUAGCCAGCAGCUAGAAAGAACACAAAUGUUAAUCCAAGGAACUGUUUUUAUUAUAAUUAUUAUUAUUAUUCAUAAUUUUUACUUAAUUAUAAAUGUUCCUAGAAACUUCACGUUUGACACUGGUUGCGAGAAUUUGUAAGUCUAAUUUAAAAACUAAAAUUAUAUUAGCACAACAUAAAUAAAAGGAGGACAACAAGUGUAACAGAGGAGUAAAUAAAGGGUAAAUACUUGCAAGGAUGUGAGUACCCCUUUGAAAAAAAAAAGGAAAAUGGCGAAAGAAAAAAAAAAAGAACAUUUCUAUCAGGUCAAAGUGCUGUCACGAAAACCCUAAUAGAAAAUUUUGAAAAUCAAGACUAGAUUACUGCAAUACUAUUUUUAAUUAUACAAUUAUUCUCAACUUCCAACCUCUUUUGGCUCUUUUUGACACAUGUCCCUUGUAAUGUACCACAUAUUUUUUAGUUUUUUUAGUAAAUGAUGUACUAACAUUAUUUCAUUAAAAAUGUAACGCAAAAUUAUAUAAAUUAUACAUAUAUAUAUUUUUUUUUUAGUAAAUAAUUUACUAACAUUAUUAUAAUUGAAAAUGUAAUCUAAAAUUACAUAACAUGCAUGCAAAGAACUCCCAUUUUGCAAGCGUAUCCUGUAGCCAUUCACAGUUGAGUAAUUUACUACCGGUGUUGUGACCUGUUUACAAUCUGUCCCAUCAAAUAUACCUUCUCGCUAGCUACUAAUAAAUACUCGAGAAGAAGGUUGUCAAACUCGUUUUUGUCAAGGGCCACAUCUUAGUUUUAUGGCUGCCCUCAAAAGGCCGCUUUUGACAACAAACAAUACAUCAAUUUUCCUCUGCAUUUGAUUAUAAUAAUACCGCACUCUGUAAAAAAAAAAAAAAAAGAUCUGUAGAUUUUACAGUAAAAAAUCAGGUAACGCAGUCCCCAGAUUUUUACUUUUUUUUUCUUUCUUUACAAUAUAUCUAUCACAUUAAAUGGAAAAACUGAUCAAUUGUUUUUUUACAGUGAAAACGUGUCAGCUUAGUUGCCAGGAUUUUACUGUGAAAUCUACAGUGGGUCUUUUUCCAACAUAUUACUGUAAAUGCAAAAACAGUCCAAUUGUUUUUUUAAAUUCUGGCAACAAAGCUGCCAAUUUUUUACCAUCAUAAAAAUGCGCUACCCUUUUUCCAUUCACAAUAACAGACAAUCGUCUCCCAGUCCUGCAACUCAGUGCAGCGUUUAGGCACAAGGAACAGGUCGGCGAGCGUUCAACAACUUUUGUUUAGGUCAUAUUUGUAUUGAUAUUUUAUUUUAAAAAGAAUAUAUGUAUGUUUAAAAACACGGAAAAUACAUUUUCACAGACAUUUCACGUGCCUAUACUUUAAAGGCCUACUGAAAUGAGAUUAUCUUAUUUAAACAGGGAUAGCAGGUCCAUUCGAUGUGUCAUACUUGAUCAUUUCGCGAUAUUGCCAUAUUUUUGCAGAAAGGAUUUAGUAGAGAACAUCCACGAUAAAGUUCGCAACUUUUGGUGCUAAGACAAAAGCCCUGCCUCUACCGGAAGUCGCAGACGAUGACGUCACCCGUUGAGGGCUCCUCACAUAUUCACAUUGUUUAUAAUGGGAGCCUCCAACAAAAAGUGCAAUUCGGACCGAAAAAAAAUUAAUUUGAGUGAGGAUGAAAUAUUUGCGUUUGAGGAUAUUGAUAGCAACGGACUAGAAAAAAUAAAUAAAUAAAUAAAACGCGAUUGCAUUGGGACGGAUUCCGUGGUUUUUAGACACAUUUAGUAGGAUAAUUCUGGGAAAUCCCUUAUCUUUCUAUUGUGUUGCUAGUGUUUUAGUGAGUUAAAUAGUACCUGAUAGUCGGAGGUGUACGUCCACGGGUGUCUUGACGCGCAGUGUCUCAGGGGAGUCGACGGCAGCUAUGGACGGCACAAGCUCAGCUUUUCUCCGGUAAGAAGCGACUUUUUAACCACAAUUUUCUCACCGAAACCUGCUGAUUGACACGUAGUUGUGUUUCAUGUUCGCUUGACCGCGCUCUGAUCCAUAGUAAAUUUUCAACUCCAGGAAUUUUAAACAAGGAAUCACCGUGUGUUUGUGUGGCUAAAGGCUAAAGCUUCCCAACUCCAUCUUGCUACUUUGACUUCUCCAAUAUUAAUUGAACAAAUUGCAAAACAUUCAGCAACACACUUCUCCAAAAUUCUGUAUAAUUAUGCCGUUAAAGUAGACGACAUUUAGCUAAAACCUGUGACGUCUUGCGUACACGUCAUCAUUACACGACGUUUUCAAGACGAAACUCCCGGGAAAUUUAAAAUUGCUAUUUAGUAAACGAAAAAGGCCGUAUUGGCAUGUGUUGCAAUGUUAAUAUUUCAUCAUUGAUAUAUAAACUAUCAGACUGCGUGGUGGGUAGUAGUGGCUUUCAGUAGGCCUUUAAAGACAGCAGAAACAACUCGUCUGUAUUGUAUGUGUUGAGUUCUGCCGCACUAGCCACUGAAAUUCUCCAUUUUCUUCUUGUUUAAAGUCAAGUUUUUGUUCCGCAAACAUGCUUUCGUACUCUGGCCCUCACCAUCUACAUGCCAAAGUCAAAUCCACCCGGCAUCAACGCACUGCCAGACGCAUUCAAACAAACAACUAGCAUCCUAGCAUAAAGAAUGUAGUGUGUAGCGUAGUUGUUGUUUGGGCCUCCUCUGCCAGUGCCUCGCUUAUCCAUGGAUCAUGCUCUGAACUAGUUGGCGUUUGGAUGAUUCCAAUUGUAUUUGUGCUCUUUUCCAGACUCCUCUCAAGGGGCCUAUGGUGGCCUUUUUAAUGAAAAGUAGGGACAAUCCAAUGAAAGCUUUAGGUAUGCUUACGUUUAUCAUUAGCGUGUUGGUAGGAGCCACCGUGCUCAUCUCCACCAUCAUGUACAUGCGGAACACAAAGUC